GGUUCAUGUUUUUCCUUUCGAUUCAGGUGUGGCAAAUGCUAAAGAGUUUUAGCAACGCUCUUCGACGACUACACAAAGAAGUGUGUCAAAUUCAUGGAUUUUCAUCUGCAAUGAACUUCUUCAUUUUCUUCAUUUACGUACCUUUGGUUCAUUCAGCGUUGCACACCUUCAUAACUACAUACACUGAAAUAAAUGGACAGACGAUUGCAGGAAUCCCAGAGAUUUCUUCUGUAACUACACUGGAUGGAAGACAGAUUGAUUAUUAUGACAGUGAGACAGGGAAGCUGAUUCCCAGACAGGACUGGAUGAAGGAGUUUGCAUCUGGAGACAGAUGGAAAGCAUACACUGAGAUCAAAGAACAAGUACAGCAGACCAACAAAAUCAACAUUCGUUUUCUAAAGGAACAAUUCAAUCAGUCACUUGGUGUUCAUACGUAUCAGAGGAUGUAUGGAUGUGAUUGGGAUGAUCAGACUAAAUACUUACAUGGGUUUGAUGAGCACGGUUACGAUGGAGAGGAUUUUAUCUCACUAGAUGUGGAGAACAGCAGAUACAACACAGCUGUACCACAGGGAUUGAUCACAACGACCAGGUGGAACAAUGACAGAGCCCAGCUUACCUAUCUAAGACGAUACUAUAGAGAUGAGUGCACUAACUGGAUGCUAUAUUUCUUGAUUUCAAAAAAAGUGGAUUUAGAGAGAAGAGCUCCUGAGGUGUUUCUGUUACAGAAGGAUCCCUCCUCUCUAGUGCUGUGUCAUGCCACAGGUUUCUACCCAGCAGCAGUGACUAUCACCUUAUUAAGAAAUGGACAGGUUCACGAUGAGGAUGUGGAUCUUGGAAAAACACUGCCAAAUGAAGAUGGGACCUUCCAGAAGACUGCUAUUCUCGAUGUUCCUCCACAUAACUGGAAGAAGCACCAGUAUGUUUGUGUGGUGGAGCACAAUGGAAAGACCAUCCAGAAGAUUCUGACUGAGGAUGAGAUCAUUAGUAACACCAGACUAACAAAACCAUACUUCAGACUGGUGUGGGUGACAGGAGUAUUCAUAGUACUAGUUAUUGGUACUGCAAUCCAUAUUUGGUACAAGAAACAUUUAAACAGACAUUUAAACAGUGGGUAUCAGCCGGUUUUAUCCUUUGACAGCGAUGGCAAGAUUUACAUCAACAAAAAUCUUUGAAGAGUUUGCCCCAACCGUCUGCACUUUCCCCAGAUUUCAGUCCAAUCAGUGAUCUUCUGGAUGUGGGAGAUCAGAUGAUUUCCAGCAUGCAUGUGUGACUAAAACAUUUCUUGUUGAACAAUAUCCAUGAGUAUGGAUGCCAUGGACCUGUUUUCCCAAACAAGAUGACCACAUGACCAAACAAUCACAGAAAAAAGAACACUUUCUAACAUCUGUGUGGCGUUGAGUCUAUAAAAGCACACUGGAGACACAACGAUAUAAAAGUGCAAAUGAAAAUCAGCUAAAGCGCAUUCAGAUACUGUCUGGAUAUUAAACUUUGUGUAAAUAUCCGAUAUAAUGGGCACCUUAAAUGCACUACUGUUUGUGAGCUUGUCCUUUUACCACUCACAUUUCUAUAUAUUUUCUGUAUAUUUAUAUAAUAAAAGAAUUGUAAAUACACAGUUCACUGAAUAAUAAUCGCUUGACAGCUAGCGUUUGUGAGUUUCAAAUGGAAAAAAA